CAGACUGCACCAGAGGGCGCAACGCGCAGUUGUCAUGGCGAUCUGACGCGCUGAGCGUUGAAUUGGCAAUGUUUUUACUUUUGCCAUUUUUAAAACGGAAAUUUAAACAUAUUUCUGACCGCAUGUUCUUCUCAACAUACGGCGGAGUGACAAUGUUCAAGCGAGCUGCUUUUAUAGGCUGCCCUAGCCUAUAUCAAGCCAAAUGGGCAAGAAAAAGGCGACUGGUUGCUGAAGAAUGUUAAGAUCAGAACACGUCGUCUUCGAGUGGUGGUAAGCUUCGUUCUUCGUGGCAAAAGUAACAAAUCAUGGAUGACACGGUCAAUCACCACAUGCCUCUGUCUCCAACAGAAGAGUAUGGCACUGAUCAGGAAGAAACCUACCUCUGUCCACUCUGCCUCUAUUCAACAACAAAUGCUUCCAUCCUAUUGCGUCACAUUUUCAUACAUACUGGCGUGAAGCCAUACUGUUGUCUCGAAUGUGGUGAGCGAUUUGCACUUCCGGAGACCCUGAGCCAACACCUAUCCAAGCACCCUCGAAAGCUGCCACUACGUUGUGAACGCUGUGGAAACUCCUUUCGCUUUCGGCUCCAGCUCACUCGGCACGAAAUGCUCUCGUCUGUGGAGAGCUUGCACUACUGUUACUGCUGUGGCAAAGGCUUUCUGUCCAGUGCAGACAUCUUCCAGCAUGCACGGUCUAAACAUCCACGAUCUCGAAAACACGAGUGCGACAUCUGUGGCCGUUUCUUCCCGACCUUUGAAAGUAUUAGUAUUCACAGCGUGUUCCACUUGCGGCACAACAGUCCCGAUGGGACAACGGCAGAGUUCUUCCGCGCCAGGAGGCGUCAUUUCCACAAGGCUCCACGGCCACACCGCUGCCCUCACUGUGCUAAGCAUUUCCUCUACGUACAAUCAUGGAAGCGGCACCUUCGUAAGCACAAGUACGACCAAGCUCUUACAUGUCGUGUGUGCGAGAGGCCUUUCUCCAUGCUCUGCUCCCUGCUAGCGCACAUGAAAGACCACGAAGAGGAACUGCGGUCCAGUGCAGAAGAACCUCCGCAAUGCGUGCCAGUCGAACCGCCGCAUGAAUGCGAACUGUGCGGGAAGACCUACUCCACCAGCAACAGUCUGCGCGCCCACCGCAAGACACACAGUGCCGAUCGCCCCCACAAGUGCAGCGUGUGCCAAAAGCAGUUCCUGCGCUCGUACGACCUCAAGCGUCAUUUACGCAUCCACACUGGCGAACGACCCUUUGCGUGCGAUGUGUGUGGACAAGGCUUCUUCCAGAGCUCUGCCAUGCGCAAUCACCUACGUACCCACACGGGGGAGCGUCCCUUCUCCUGCGAUGUCUGUGGCAAAGACUUCACUCUUGCUUCGACCUUGCGAGGCCACAUGAAGAUCCACACAGGGGAGCGCCCACAUCGCUGCCCCCUCUGCGUUAAGACUUUCUCACGACCUUACGAGCUCAAGAGUCACAUGCGCAUACACACAGGUGAGCGACCGUUUGCUUGUGGGGUUUGUGGCCUGGGCUUCGCACAGGCAGCGACGUUACGCACACACAUAAAGAUCCACGAGCAGGGACCUGCUCCACCGUUGCUGACAUGCCGCCUCUGUGGGGAAAGUUUCACAGAAGUUGCAGGCCUUGAAGCACAUGCGAGGGCUCAUGACAACCAGCCGUCUGACAACGCGCCACAGCCAUUUCGCUGCAGCAUCUGCUCGAAGACUUUCACGCGACAGACACAUCUCCGCAACCACAUGAAGCUUCACUUGGGACCGCAACCCUUUCGUUGUGAGGUGUGCAGCCAGACAUUUGCGCAGUUCUCCAGCCUCAAGACACACCUGAAAGCCCACGUAGGGGAACCUUCAUACUCUUGUUCUGCUUGUGGGCAGCAUUUCCUCCAGUUUCCUGCACUGAAGUCACACAUGUUACUGCACUCCAAUGAAAAGCUGGCUAACUUGGUUGAUGGAGGCCUAUGAAGUGAAAUGUCUUUGGUAUAUAGUGAGAGUCAUCUUGAUAUAAUUUAAACACUGAUGUGUCGCAUUAGUGUAUUGCAGCGUUGAAAAAAUAUAGGCACCACUCUCAAACAUGCUUAAGAUGGCUGUGCCUCACAUGGUGUUGUGUACUCUGUUCAAACCAGAUCCCCCCUUCCCUGAGAUAUUUAUAUCAAACUCGUGUUUUGUUUGAGUUGAUGAAGAUUGUACAGUUAUUUUGCAUAACACAAGCAAGUGAUGUUUUAUUUUGUCCAUAAAAUACAUUUUAUUGUACUGUAUUGUACUGUAAGUGGUAGUGUUCACCAGCAGUAGUGGAGCCAUCCUUCCAUAUGUCAUUUAAAGGAAGGAUAUACAUAACAACACAAACUAUGACACAAGACUGCUUAUGGGAAUGUCAUUACUAUUUCUUUCAAGAAGCCCUGCACAUCCCAAAUUGUUUCACAAUUUAUUUUCUCGCGACGACCUCAUAAUGCUAAAUGCCCGAGCGCUCCGAGACAAGUCAGUGUUUUUUUAUGGCAGCGUGCAUAGUGCCUACAUAUGCGAAGUCAUAGCGUGGAAGUUGCCUCCAUUUCACAAACCAACAUUUUUGACAUUUUUAUGUCAGUAUUACUCAGGGUACUGUAUUCAAGGUCCUCUAAAUCCUAUUGUAAUUUCACUACCCAAAAGUGUGAUGCUGUUGUGCAUGUCACAUUUAACUGGUUAGCAACAAGAAAAGAAAAGAGAAGUGGAAGUAUUAAGACAUAUGGGGAACUACUAUUUAGCACUGUACCAUCUGUGAAAAUGAUAAGACAUCGAGAAAGUGUUCCCAAGCAGCACAACAUCUUGGCCAAACCUGGCAAUUGGUCCAAUACUGGCAACACUGGCACAAUAUUGGGCCUCUAUUGUCAAUAUUGGACCAAGAUGAUGUGCUGCUUGGGGACAUUUUUGCUCAUUCCGAAAUCAAGCUGACAAACAUCAUGCAAAGGGGAAGUUCAGGCUGGGAGCUACAGAUAGCUUGAGCAGGCCCUUGAAAUAUGUGUGGCUCUUGAUCUUGAAACUUAUCCCUCUACUUUUGAUCACUGGGCUGCCAGAUUCUCCUUCUAUCAGUUAGUCAAACUGGAUGUUUUACACGUACCAUUAGCACUUGACAUGCACUUCUAGCCUCAAGGGUGGGUAGUUCAUGCUUAUACCUAUGUCGUUUCCUCAGUAUUAUGGUUGUUGGGCAUGUACAUGUGGUAGUCUUGCAAAAAUUAUAUAGCAGUAUGUUUUGUGAGUAUUGUCCACGUGCUUAAUUGUUGUGUUAGUGUUCGCCAAAGUUAUGGCAUAAAGGUUAUGACGACCGACCAAAGAUACCAUUCUACCUCAUGAAAGUUCCAAUGAAUGUGUCCAUUUUGAUGUAUAUUAGAGAUUCCCCGUAGUGCCAAACUUGGGUUUCUUUUGUAAGUCCUUUACAGGUAUUACUGGACACUUCCAUUAUGUGUGCAAGUGAUAAUGUAGUAGCACAUAUUGUAAAAAUGGCAAAGCUUUAGUAAAGGCACCAAAGUCCUCAGUUCAUGCACUAGUCCAUUCUGUAUCUUCAUUCAAUGUUUUGUUCAACAGCUAACCAGUGGCAGCUCACACCUACAGCCUGCUGCACCCCUGACAAAUUUCCAGUUAUCAAUCCCUUUGUAUAUUAUGCAGUUUGUUCAUUGCACAUUGCUUUGGAAGAAACUGUUAUUUUUUACGCUUAUGUCAUUCCAGUUAGUGUACUGUACGAAUAACUGUUAAAAGGAACGCACCACCACGUCCACGCCACAAAUUUUUUUACAAACUGCAAGCUCUUUCGUCGAUAAUGCAUGAGCCAGCACUGGAUCUGUUCAACAAGAAUAGACAUUAUCACUUAAAGAUAAUUCCAGUUUCUAUGUACCAUCAGGGACUGUGCCAUACUGGGAAUAGGCACACCAUAAAUAAGAAUGAAUUAAUGAAUGAAAAUGAGUAGCGUAUGACUUCCAUGGGCACUGUUCUGUGUUGCAACCUCUCUGUGCAUUUCAAGCUGUUACUUUAGAGCCAGGCAACCAAAGUAUACUUUGCGAAUAUAAACUACGACUUCUGUGUCACAAGCAGAACUGUAGAAGGAAGGAGAAACAUAUCGAUAAGAGUAACAGGUGUGCAAACUGAGAAACUAAUCACUAUCAGUAUCCAGAGAGAAUUAUAGGAAUGGCAAAACUACCUCGAGGAUCACUGAACAAACUGCCAUUGUACACAAGAAAUGAGUUUGGUGUGUUUUUGGUAUGUCGAUACUGCAAGUGGCACAGACUCUUUGAACACAAAAUAAGUUGUUUUUAGGUGUCAAAGCCAUGUCUGUCGAGCAAAGUAGUCUGUGUGUUUCUUUUUUCUUUUUUUUUCAUUGUGCUCGUGCUGUCCAUUAUCACUCUCUCAGGGUAUUGAGUCAGAAAUGACAGGAAAAAAACGGGUUUACUAGUCAUAGCGGACGCUCUACUCAUCCACAAGUUCCUAAAUAUACAUGUGCUCAUAGUGUGUGUCUUAGGCAUGGGCCCUUUACUUGUUCUUGGAGUAGAUUCUAUUUUUGAGAUGUGUAGCAAAUGUGCCCAUGUAACACAUCAUAUUUGGCACAAAUAUACUGUAUGUGUCAUCUCAUUUGUACGAUACCUGGAGUUUUAUCCACCAAUCCAACUAGUCUGUCCGAAUGCUUGACAACAUGCUCACAAAGUGCUUGUUUUGCAAGCCAAUGCGCAGUGAUGUCUGCGGAGGUAAUUUGUAAUACUACUUCUGCUUUCUUUUUCCUUUUCUUUUUUUUUUUUAGAUAUACGGGUGAAGUAACGUUGUGUUUAUAAUUUCUGAAAGAGGCAUAUUGGAAAGUUGUGAUCAUUGUAUCUUCUUAAUACAUCAAAACAGUCGGUGUUGUCACAAAAACUGUGAUUGAAGAUGAUGUUUCACAACACUACACAUACUGACACAGUAUUACUGAGCAUUCAUCUGCUAGACUGAACUUUCAAAUUAACUACAUUUAUUGCUGUCAGUUUUACGUUGUUCAUAGUAGGAUUUUAAGUAGGAGUGAGCACGGAUUGAAUAUUUUAGGCAUUUAACUGAGCAGCACUUUGAUAAACUGAUUCACCAAUGAAUGGGAUGUGAGCCUUUAUGCAAAUGCAAAAUUAGUCAACACCCUCAAUUACAAAAAUUAUUUUUCAUAUAUAAAGUAAAAUAAAUGAGGUCAGCAAAAUGGCCUGGUAUAUUUCCCAUGUACAAUUUGGAACAUGUUUUCCUCUUUACACCAAUUAUGAUAAAUGUACUCGAAAAUACAAAUUGCACAAAUCUUAGUCUUGAAAUACAAAACUAGGCAUUGAAAUAUGCUCUUUGUAGAGCAUAGCGAUAUGCUCUUUAAUAAACGUGCAAUAAAGAUCCAGCUAGGGAAGCUUUGGCGGGAAGCUUAAAACUAAGUGCUCAUAAUUUUAUUUUUGCCAUGUGAAAAAAAAAAAGAAGCUAGUCUUCUAGUAGCAGAAAACAUAUUGUAGGUUCUUUGGCUCUUGCAAUGGGAGUUAGCUACUCAGAUCACUUAAUUCGGACAACAAACAAACGAAAAAUUUAAAAAAAAUCAUUAUGUUAUAUGGCCGAGUAUAAUGAGUGACACGAAGCUAUCCUAUUCAUUACGCAGCAUGCUCCGUGUGACAACCACUGUCACGGUAUGCCUGAAAACUGAAUGUUUUGAACCCCUGCUGUUUCCAUGUUCACGACAUGGUUGUGUAUACCCUUUCACGCACAAGGUGAUUUCAAGAAGCCCUGGUCUCCUUCUUUAUGUGUUGCUUUUUUGGUGCUUAAUAUCAUGGAAGAGAACAGGAAAUUAUGUGUCAGUUUCACUCGUCUUUACGCUUCACACGCCGAGAAGGGCGAAAUUAUAAGGGAAUUGAAAGAACUCCCAAUACUUUCUUGCCGUUUCUGAUAGUGGAUUCCCACAGUUCCAAGUGGCACAGAGUUCUCGAACAUUUUCAUAUGUUUUCUAUUGCAACAAAUCCUUCUCCAGUAUUUUUUAACAAUGUGUGUCAUGUAAUGCAAUCGUGCAAUCUGCAAAAUUGCAGUUGGCUGAUAAAAGUUUUUUAUCAAUGAGUUUGAUUAACCAAUUGAUUACAUGUCCAGUAUGCCAUCAGAUGUUCAGUGUAAUAUAUACAUGUUCAGAUUAUAUUAAGACUACUACUUCAGUAUAAGCUCUGUUGUUACUUAAAAGGGUGUUUAAGUUACGUUAUACUUCGUUAGCGGGCACUGCGCUCCAAUGGGUACACGUACAGGUUGUAACGGUUUCAUGCUACGUUUCCGUGUGUGUAUGUGUAUAGCAUGUGCAUGCAAAGUAUGUAUAACAAUUAUGCCAUGUAAGCAUACAUCAAUAAAAACAUGGGCAUCAUGAA